AUGUCGUACCUACAGAAUCAGCUCAAAAGCUUCAACACCCAGGUGAUGGAGUCGGCGAACCGCAUGCCUCAGCAGAGGCGUGUGGUGAAUAAUCAGCCUGCCCAACCCGCCUCCGCCAGUAGCUCCCAAGUGCCAUCUUCCGCCCCGACUCCGUCCUCGUCUGGUGACCUGAAGAAGAAGAGACACGAUGAUAUAGUUUACUCGCAACCGGCAAACACAGGCACGGGAAAGGAUAUCAUGACCCAGGUCCUCUUUGCGAUCGAACACAUGAAAGCCAAAGGCGUGGCACUCAGGCUGUCCGAUAUAAUCUCCUAUCUCUCCCUUCAACAUCGAGCCAACGAACAAGCCUACGUCCUCGCUCUGGGAAGAAUUCUAAAGUCGCAUGAGAAGGUGGAAUUCGAUCCCAACGGCGCCAACGGCGAAGGCACAUACAGCUUCCGCCCUCCACACAAUAUUCGCAACUCGGAGCAACUUCUGCAGCAGCUUCAAGCGCAGACCACCGCUGCUGGAAUGAAUGUGCGGGAGCUUCGAGAGGGUUGGCCGAACGUCGAGGAAGCUAUCAACCAGUUGGAGAAGGAAGGCAAACUGCUUGUGACUCGAAACAAGAAGGACGACCAUGCUAAAAUGAUCUGGGCGAACGAUCCAUCGCUCAUUGAGCGCUUCGAUGACGAGUUCAAGCAGAUUUGGGACAAGAUCAAGAUUCCGGAUGCGCAGGCUGUCAAGGAAGAGCUGGAAAAGGCCGGCAUUACGCCUACGAACAAGAAUAAGGUGAGCAAGGCUCGACCGAAGAUGGAGGCCAAGAAGGCCAAGAAGCCCCGCCGCAGCGGAAAGACUACCAACACCCACAUGACGAGUAUCCUGCGAGACUACUCCCACAUGAAGCGGUAG